GAAGAAGAAGAAGCGGCAGUAGAAAAAACAUCAUCAGCAGCAGCAGCAGGUCGCGGUCAUGUCCGCUUGUGGUUGAGCAGCAGCCGGUUUAAGUGUCAGACGGUGAAAACCACUGGAAGUCGUUGUUGGGCCACAAUGGUUGUGGCCAUGAGUUCUACGUGUCCAGGCCUGUACUGUGGUAGGAUGAUGGUCAACGGAUCGGUGGAAGGGGAGUGUGGUGUUUGUCCACGAGGAGAACGUGCCAACAUCCAGAAGGUGUGUGAAGCCUGCACUGAGUCCCCUGAGCUCUAUGACUGGCUCUAUCUGGGUUUCAUGGCCAUGCUCCCACUCGUGCUGCACUGGUUUUUUAUUGAGUGGUACUCUGGAAAGAAGAGUUCCAGUGCACUGCUGCAGCAUGUGACGGCCAUGUUGGAGUGCAGUCUGUCAGCUGUGGUCACGCUACUGGUCACAGAGCCGGUUGGAAUGCUCAGUAUCUAUUCCUGUCGAGUCCAAAUGCUGUCAGACUGGUACACGAUGCUGUACAACCCCAGUCCAGACUAUGUCAACACAUUACACUGCACACAGGAAGCUGUGUACCCACUCUACACCAUUGUGUUAAUCUACUAUGCAUUCUGCUUGGUGCUGAUGAUGCUGCUCCGUCCCCUUUUGGUGAAGAAGAUAGCAUGUGGUCUGGGCAAAUCUGACCGCUUUAAGAGCAUCUAUGCUGCUCUCUACUUCUUCCCCAUUCUCACUGUGCUGCAGGCUGUAGGAGGAGGACUGCUGUACUAUGCGUUUCCCUACAUCAUACUGGUCCUGUCUCUGGUCACACUAGCUGUCUACAUGUCUGCCUCUGAGAUUCAGUCUUUUAAGAAUCUGGCUGCCAAGAAGAAGCGUCUUGUUGUCCUGUUUAGCCAUUGGCUGCUGCAUGCAUAUGGCAUCAUCUCCAUCUCCAGAUUGGACAAGCUCGAACAGGACAUACCGCUGUUGGCCCUCGUGCCAGGUCCUGCCCUGUUCUACAUCGCAACUGCGAAGUUCACCGAGCCCAGUCGCAUCCUGUCUGAGGGCGGCAGUGGACACUGAGCCGAGCUCAACAUAAAACCAUGAGGAAUGUAAAUUCAUGGAAUCGAUUCUUCUGUAUUCUCUUAAACUUAUGACCAGUGUCAAGGCAAGUUAUCAGUGCCCAAAGUGACAUCUUUAGAUGCCUCAUUUAUUUAAAGAAACAGUCCAGCAAUGUGUUCUACAGUGAUAGAGAACAGAAAAGCUAUAAAGCUGAAACCAAACAAAGUUUGAUAGUUUAACUUUAUAAAUAACAUGAACAAGUAAUCAGUGUAGUUCUGCUUCUUCUUCCAAAUCUUGUAUUUGGAGAAUCAAUUUCCAAUUUUACUCUGUCUUCACUGCCAGUUAUCUGACAUCCUGAAUAGUGGGGAUCAGCCACAACAUUAAAAUCACUUGUCUAAUACUGUGUAGGUGCCACUAAAACAGCUGUGACCAGCUGUCUGAACUCCACCUCAGAAGGUGUCCUUUGGUGUCAGGAUCCAAGAUAUUAGCAGCCAGUCCUGGAAGUGGUGUGCCUCGAUAGGUCACACUUGUUUUUCCAGCACAUCUACAGAUGCUCGAUGGGUUUGAAAUCUGGGGAAUUUGGAGGCCAAGUCAAAAUUUUUAAAUCUUUUUGUUCCUCAACCCUUUCCUGAACAGCUUGUGCAGUGUGACAGGAGCACUGUCCUGUUGAGAGAGGCUGCUGCAUCAGACACCACUAUUGCUAUCUGCAUUCUUCUCCCCAGGUAAACAAUGCAUGUGCACCCACUGCCUAGUAUAUGCCACCCCUUGACAGAUAACACUGGAAAAAGAUGAUCAGCAUAUUUAACUUUACCUGACAGUGGUUUUAAAGUGGCUGAUCAGUGUGUAGCAGUGUAGUAGAAGUGCACGUCAGCCAUGUCCAGCCAGCUGAGAGUCAGUCCCAGUUUGUGCUGCUCAUGUUCUACCAUUACAUUACACAGCAGAACAUUCAUUAUUCUGAAAGUAAAAUUUCUGACAAUCUCAAAAAAAAAAUGCAUAGCUGCUACUCUUGCUUAAUCUAAGUCAAGAGGAUUGCUGGAAAGGAUGUAUGUUCCAGCCUGACUGGAGCUGUAGUUGGUGAUUCAACUUUGUAGGAGGGAUUUCUUAUUUCCACUUACAUAUCCCACUCACGUAUAAAACUAUAUGACGCACACGCUCAAGUUAAGUGAGAAGAACGUGUAAAUAGUGUCACUACUGUGUAUUUUACUGAAUGUUAUGUUUUCUGUCCUAAACAGAAGGUGUGUGUAGAUGGUUGUAUGUCUUGGUUAUGAAAUACAGUGCUUUUCUUUGGCCAUCAAAAGUGCAAGUCCAUGUGGAGCACGAUGUGAUGCUGUUGGAAAUGGGCAAAUCACAAUUAAAAACUAAUCAUUUGGGGUGUGA